AUGGCCAUAGAGCGGUCGUUGGCGACUCAUGUGAGGUCGCUUCAGACUUCGUCUAGUCCCCAGGAUGCUUUCACACUGCUCCCAAGGGCCACUGGCUUCUUGUCUGUGUUGGGGAAUCCGUUAAAUGUCAGCCUUCUCGCAUCGCAACUACUGACCGUCCCUGCGAUAUGGGACCAUCCCGUGAAUCUGCACGAUUGUCGCAAGAUCCUCAGCGUGUUCAACACGGCCACCAUCGGUGUUAUACAAAACGAAGAACACGGAGAUAAUCGGACUCAGUACGGAGGUCCAAGAAAGCUGAGCCGUGAAGCAUGGAUUAAGGCGGUGGUCAGCGGCGCGGACGAGAAGUCACCCCGAUGGAGACACGUACUGUUACUGGGAGGAGUGUUGCUGGGAGGCGAGGGACAGAAUCGCCAGGGCUUGCCGUGGCAUUUGCGGACGAAAUUGGAAUCUGCCCUAGUGACAGCUGCGCAGCUUGCUUUGGAGGAGCGGGGUUCGCACAAUGGCAUUGAGGGCGCCUGCGUUCUAAUGGUUUUGAACUACACUUUCGAACUGCUAUCUGACAUUGAAAGGGCCAAGCUGGACUACGACCGCUUGCUACCCAUGAUGUUACAGAUCGCCUAUAAUUCGCGAGAAGGACUCGAAAGCGGGUAUUUUAUUGGGGCUGUUGACAACGAUGUUGUGCAGGUCCCUGGCCAGAAAUUCCAGUGGUCUCCGCAUUCUGACACCUUUGCCCACGUCUCUGCGAUCACGAACAAGCCACUUAUUUCUGCACUGGGCCCGCUGUCUCGUCUCAUUGCGCAUGCAAUUGAGAAUGUUCGCGAUCCGAGACUCGUCUCGCAAUCUGUGGAUAUCAUUGCGGAUUUUUCUCGCACACUGAUGGUACAGUGGCGGCAGAACAAGUUGUCCGAAAUUGACCAAAUUGAGGAGUCCUUGUUCUUAGAUGCGGAGACAUUGAGUACUACUGUUCCCAUGCUGUGGAAGAUUCUCCGUAACUGUCUAUAUUCGGUUGUGAUUGUCCUUCGUGGCGCUUUUGGGAGGGUACUCAAUGAUCACUUCCUUUCAAAUGAUAAAAGCGCUCCAUACUUGUCAAUGCAAGCACUUCAUAUACUUCGGAGUCUGUAUUUCAUCUCGUCCCGAAUCGGCCAGAACUCGUCAUCUCAGCACAUGUUUGUCUCGUUGGCGGCCGUCGACAUCCUCGCGCAGUAUCCUGAAUUGGUUGAGAAUUUCCUCAGGAGUAUUAAGCCAAAUGAGCUUGGUCAGAUCCCAGCACAUCCACUUGAGCGGUGCCUCGACCUAUUCUUCCUCAACACUGCUGAGCUAUUUACGAUCGUUUUGUCACCAAAGACAAGUGAGGAGCUGCUCAUAUCAGCUGCGGUUCCAUACCUUGCUGCCGCUGCGAACAAGCACCUACUUCAGAUAUUCGAGGCCGCGCAUAGUGUGGCUCUUGCUGUGUUCGCCAUACCCAAGAAUGCGUCCAUAUCUGCCAAACACCUGCCGUUCUACAUCGAUAAUCUAUUUGCUGUCUUCCCUCGCAAUCUCUCUGCGCGUCAAUUCCGCCUCGCCUUCAAGACGGUCAUCCAAGUCACCGCUCCACCAUCACUCAUCGCCAACGACCAACCGCUUAUGCCAUCCUUCUUACUCGAGGUCCUAUAUGACCGCGCACUCAAAGCGUCUGACGAAAUUCUCCCACAGCCUUCACAAGGCCUAGAUGCGGACCCGAGCCAGACCCCAUCACCACCCGUUUCCGAACAAGCUGCUCUAACCCUCGCCCUAAUCGACUCCCUCUGCUUCCUGCGCGUACAGGAUCUCGAAGAAUGGCUCCCUCUUACCGCGCGCCUGCUAAAUGUUAUCCGUCCCGCCAACCUGCGGGAUAUCUGCAUCGAUCGGUUCUGGGAUGCACUCAGUAGCGGCGAGAUGGAUGUUGAUCGUGCGCAUUACUGCGUUACGUGGUGGAGCACGAGAGGUGGACGUGAACUUGUGAUUUUUGGCGGUGAGCCUGAGCAGCCGGAGGCAGAAGGGGCUUAUAUGAGUGGUGCGAUUGGAGGAAUUGCGCGGGAGAAUAAGCUGUGA